UUAAAUGACGAAAAUUUUGAAGAAGCACCGAACAUCAAAAUUAAAAAAAGGCAACCUCAAAAAACUCGAGUCAGAUUAAAGUUGCAAACACAACACAAACAGCGAGGAGAGAAGAGAGAGAGAGGAGAAAGUUGAAGACUUUCCUCCUUCAAUAUUGCUGGAACAAUCUCUAUCUCUCUCUUCUUGGACUCCUCUGAAAGCAAGGUAAGAACUAGAGACGAGAGAUGUUUGGGUGCAACUGUUUAUGCUGGGAUGUUGUACCUCAAUUCUCUGACCCUGAUCCACUUCCCUUCUCUCUGCCUUCACCCCUUCCACAAUGGCCACAAGGUGGUGGUUUUGCGAGUGGAAGAAUAUGCCUCGGGGAAAUAGAAGUUUUAGAAGUAAACAAGUUUGAGAAGGUUUGGAGAUGCACAAGUUUGCAUGGGAAAUCACUGGGUUUCUCAUUUUAUAGACCUUUGGAAAUUCCAGAAGGCUUUUUCUGCCUUGGUCACUACUGCCAGUCCAAUGACCAGCCAUUCAGGGGAUAUGUUCUUGUGGCCCGUGAAACUAGUUCUGACUCCACGUUCGAAUCUCCUGCUCUACAAAAGCCACUCAGUUACUCGUUAAUAUGGAGCAUGGAUUCACAUGAUGAAUGUGUUUACUUUUGGUUGCCAAACCCUCCAAAGGGUUAUAAAGCCAUGGGCAUGGUGGUUACUAACAGUCCUAAUGAGCCUGAAGUUGAGGAAGUUCGAUGUGUUCGUGCUGAUCUAACAGAAACUUGUGAGACUUCUGAUCUAUUACUGACUGUGAAGUCAAAAUAUUCAAAAAAUUCAUUUCAGGUUUGGAAGACACAACCCUGUGAUAGAGGUAUGUUAGCUAGAGGUGUAUCUGUUGGGACAUUCAUAUGUGGUACCUAUUAUGAUCCUGAACAAGUGGUGGAUAUUGCGUGCUUGAAGAACCUUGAUUCUUCCUUGCAUGCAAUGCCAAAUGAGAACCAGAUUCAUGCACUUAUUCAGCAUUACGGUCCCACUGUGUACUUUCAUCCUGAUGAGAACUACUUGCCAUCUUCAGUGCAAUGGUUCUUUAAGAAUGGAGCAGUUUUGUAUGCAGCAGGGAGUAAGAAGGGUAAUGCUAUUGAUUAUCAAGGAUCAAAUUUACCUAGUGGAGGAACAAAUGAUGGUGCCUUUUGGAUUGAUUUGCCUACUGAUGAAGAUGCAAGAAACAAUCUAAAGAAGGGAAACAUAGAGAGUGCAGAACUCUAUGUUCAUGUAAAACCAGCAUUGGGAGGAGCCUUUACUGAUAUUGUGAUGUGGGUUUUUUGCCCCUUUAAUGGACCUUCCACCCUUAAAGUGGCAUUGAUGAACAUUGAGAUGAACAAGAUAGGGGAACAUGUAGGUGACUGGGAGCACUUCACCCUUCGAAUAAGCAACUUCACUGGAGAGCUAUGGUCUGUUUACUUCUCUCAGCAUAGUGGAGGUGAAUGGAUAAAUGCAUCUGAUCUGGAGUUUAUUAAGGGGAAUAAGCCAAUUGUUUAUUCAUCAAAACAUGGCCAUGCUAGCUUCCCUCACCCUGGGACUUACCUUCAGGGAUCAUCCAAACUAGGAAUAGGAGUACGCAAUGAUGCAGCUCGAAGCAAGUUUAUCGUGGAUUCGAGCAUCAAGUAUCAGGUUGUUGCGGCUGAGUAUCUUGGUGAUGGAGUCAUUACAGAACCAUGUUGGUUGCAGUAUAUGAGAGAGUGGGGUCCUACCAUUGUAUAUGAUUCUCGAUCUGAGAUAGAUAAGAUAAUAGAUCUGCUUCCACUAUUUGUUAGAUUUUCUGUUGAGAACUUGUUUGAAUUGUUUCCAACAGAGCUUUAUGGUGAAGAGGGUCCAACUGGUCCAAAGGAGAAGGAUAAUUGGCUAGGAGAUGAAUAUUGCUAGUCCUGCUUCAUGUCUUGUGAGCUCUGUCUUAAAACUGUUGCUUUUGCUCACUCAUUUUAGUGGGAAAGUAAUGCAAACUAAUAAGGUAGUGUCUUUAUGUCCUAUUAAUAGUAUGUGUUGUGUGUCACAGUGGGAGAGGUGAAAUGGAGCAAGGCAUCAUCAUCUAUCAAUUGUAAAGGGGGUGUACCUUACAUAGUAGAAACUUGUGUCAUUCUUGAUGACGUGAAAAACUGUAGUUCUCUGAUGUUUGAGUUAAUUGAAAGAAUAUACAUAUAACUAUACAGAAACUAUGAGAAAAGUGAUAGCAUUGUACUUUCUAAUACAAUAUUUAUUAUUGGUUGAAAAUUACUUAGGUUCACAAAUGAUGCGGGCCUCGCCCCUGAUUUGAUGAAUUUCUUUUGUUAUUUUGUGAUUCUAAAUUUAAUCAAUAACAAAGAGUGUUUAAACCA